AUGACAUCCGCCGCUGCGCCAGACAUUACAGCCUUGAAGAAUGCAGUCUACGAGGGCUGCCUCGCAGCCUGGGAUGAGAACGAAAGGGAUCCUAAGAUGACGUUCCGGCAGAGCGACAUCCAAGACCUGGAUGCUAUGGACGGUCAUGAUGUGAACAUGCUGUUACAGGUGGUGCAGCGGCUGCUGGAUGAGAAGCUGUUCAAGGUUGUGCAAGGGGAUGAGAUCGCGUGGAAGUUGAGGACUAAGGAGGAAGCUAAAUGCUACCGCGGCCUCACAGCAGAGCAAGAAAUCGUCUAUAUGCAGAUCGACGAAGCUGCGGCCGAUGGCGCCUGGUCCAAAAUCAUUAAGAAUAGGAGCAACCUCCACGAUUCCCUCUUCCAAUCCGCCAUCAAGCACCUCCGCGCCAGAAAUCUUAUCACGGAGAUGAAGUCCGUCGAGCACCCGACCCGCAAGAUGUUCAUUCUCUCCUCCCUCCGCCCCUCCGAACGCACAACUGGCGGCCCCUGGUACACCGACAGUGAGCUCGACGAGGAGUUCAUUAACACCGUAAUGCGCGUCCUGUUCGAGCACAUUCAGAACCGCACGUUCUACAAGAGCAGCUUGGCCAGUCCCAAGGCGAAGAAAGUCCACAAGAAGAUGACGCCGGAGGAGAUCAAAGCCCUGCGCGCCCAGGGCCUCGGCCGUCGCCGGGAAAGAAACGAAGACGGAGAAGCGGCGCGCAAGCGACGCAGAAUCGACGCCAUGCUCCCCAUGCCUGCUGACUACCAGGGCUACCCUACCCUAGCCGAGCUCACCCUCUGGGUCGAGAACAUGAAUGCUUUCUCGCAGACGCUAGCGGCGAACGACAUCCAGCAGCUGCUGGACAUCAUGUGCUUCGACGACCGGAUUACGCGGGUGAUUAGCGGAGAAGGCGUGAGCUAUAAGGCACUGAGACGGAGUCUAAGAGACGAGGAGGAAUGCACGAGUAGGCUGACGGAGGUCCCGUGUGGACGCUGCCCGGUGUUCGAUCUAUGCGAGGAGGGGGGACCCGUGGGGCCGAGUAACUGCGAGUAUUUCAAUGACUGGCUGAAGAUGUAA